UAGCCAGUCCAGACACGCUCAAGUGCCUCUUCUUGAAGUCCGCCACAGCUUCUCCACAGGAGGGCUCGGAGAAGGAGCGUGACCGAGAGCGGCGAGGUGGAGCCAGCGAGGUUGGAACCUUGAGAAGACUCAGAAAAGUGCAAGGGCACUGGGCACAAAGUUCGGCUCAGGUUUGGCUUAGGAAGCUGAGAAGCAGGUUUCGGAGGAGGUUGCCGCUAGGCCAGAGACACAGCAGUGAGCACAGCUGGGAGAGCCAGCUCCAGCGCCAGCCAUGCUCGCCGCCGCGGGCUCCCUGGUGGCCGCCAUCUGGGCUGCGCUCCAUCUCCGGACUCUGCUGCUGGCUGCUGUCGCCUUCCUGUUUCUGGCUGACUACCUCAAAAACCGGCGCCCCAAAAACUACCCGCCAGGGCCGAGGCGCCUGCCCUUCGUGGGCUGCUUGUUCUAUUUGGACUUAAAGCAACCCCACAUAGCCGUUCAGAAGUUUGUGAAGAAAUAUGGGAACAUUUUAAGCUUGGAGUUUGCUAAUAUACCCUCAGUGGUUGUAACUGGCAUGCCCUUAAUCAAAGAAGUCUUUACUCAAUUGGAGCCAAAUUUUCUGAAUCGUCCUGUCACUUGUCUCCGAAAACAUCUCUUUAAAAAUAAUGGGUUGAUCUUCUCCAGUGGCCAGACAUGGAAGGAACAAAGAAGAUUCGCCCUGAUGACACUGAGGAACUUUGGAUUGGGAAAGAAGAGCUUAGAACAGCGCAUCCAGGAGGAAUCCCGACACCUUGUGGAGGCCAUAAGAGAGGAGAGAGGACAGCCUUUUGACCCUCACUUCAAUAUCAAUAAUGCAGUUUCCAAUAUCAUUUGCUCUGUCACCUUUGGGGAGCGCUUUGAGUACCAGGACAGUCAGUUUCAGGAGAUGUUGAGGCUACUGGAUGAGGCCACAUGUUUGGAGGCAUCAGCGAUGUGCCAGCUCUACAAUAUCUUUCCAAGGAUAAUUCAUUAUCUUCCUGGAUCACACCAAACAGUUUUCAGAAACUGGGAAAAACUGAAAUUGUUUGUUUCUGAUAUUAUUGACAAUCACCGGAAAGACUGGGACCCUGAUGAGCCAAGAGACUUCAUUGAUGCUUUCCUCAAGGAAAUGACAAAGUACCCAGAUAAGACUACUACAAGUUUCAAUGAAGAAAACCUUAUCUGCAGCACUCUGGACCUCUUCUUUGCUGGAACAGAGACAACAUCCACGACACUACGCUGGGCUCUGCUCUGUAUGGCCCUUUACCCAGAAGUCCAAGAAAAAGUGCAGGCUGAGAUUGACAAAGUGAUUGGGCAUGGAAGACAGCCAAGCCUAGCUGACAGAGAGUCCAUGCCCUACACCAAUGCUGUCAUCCACGAGGUGCAGAGAAUAGGCAACAUCAUCCCUUUUAAUGUUCCCAGGGAAGGGGCAGUUAACACCAAGUUGGCUGGAUUUGACCUGCCAAAGGGAAUCAUGGUCCUGACCAACCUAACUGCACUGCACAGAGACCCCAAAGAGUGGGACACUCCAGAUGAGUUCAACCCAGAGCACUUUUUGGAGAAUGGACAGUUUAAGAAGAGAGAAAGUUUUCUGCCAUUCUCAAUGGGUGGCUGUGAAAUUCCCUGGGAUUCUACUGUUCUACCCAGACUUGACAUGUCGGCUCCUGGCAGUACCAAUCUACUUCAGAGAAAAUAUGGGCAUUGAAGAAACUGCAUAUGGAGUUAACUUUCAUUGUGGCAAAAGUUAGCCACUGGACAACAAAGUAUCCUUGAAUCAACAGGACAAAAUGGACAGACAGGACAUAAAACAAAGGAUUACUGAUUCUUGCCAAAACAAGUGUGUUUAGGGCUUUAUCAAAAGGCAUCUUCAGAGGCCAGGACAAUAUGGGCACCAUCCCUGAAGUGGCCUUCGCAAUUCGAAAAAGGUACAGUGCCCUUUUCUUCGAAGGCAGCUGAACAGGCAGUGGGCCGAUGGCCUCUGAUGUGCAAUGGAACAGCAGCUGAAACAGUUAUUCUUGAAGAGUAACUAAGCUCACGCCUCUCAAUAGUAGACUGGCAUUUGAUGGAGGGAUAUGGAGAAGAAUGGGAUGCUGAGAUGAAGCCAUAUAUACACAGCCAAGAAGAAUGGACAGCUGAAUUAAAAAACCAUCAACAAUUUCCAGAAUUUAAAAUCCUGAAUCAUGACAUGACACUAGUGGAAUUCAGGUGUUUCUGGUACAUGGACUACUCUCACUCAAUGUGAGGUUGAACUGUUGACCUUGUGUACAUCCUACUUCACAAAUGAGUCUGUCAGAUAUGCUAAGCCUAUAGGCUGAAGAUGAUGCCCCAGCACUUCGGAGAAACCUCAGGUGACUGUCCAGACAGCUAUCUGUUUCUGUCAACUCACAAAUUUUUUGGAAGUUGCUUAUGUGCACUUCCUAUUUUUAUUUUUGUUAGCUAAUAUUAUUUCCUUCUUGGGUCUCUGAGGGAGUUGAAGAUUAGUUAGUUAUAGUUGAAGUUUAGUUAGUUAUAGUUGAAGAUUAAUUAGGAUACAUUUUGGACUUACCAAAAUAGGAUAGAUAAUGAAAUUAUUUUCUCUGAAUUUGUCAAAUACAAAUGGACUAGACAUUGUUUAGGUAUUUAUUACUUGUAUAUAUUGUAUAUAGUUAUUGUACUUUUGUAUAUAGUUUUUCUUAUAUUAGUUAUAAGCUUUUUCUUUUUUUUUUUCCUUUUUAUUAAAAUAGAAAAGGGGAAAUAUGGUGAUAUUUUAUUUGUAUUAAAAUAUUAUUUGUAUGUUAAUAAAUAAAGUUGCCCGGGGGUCAGAGCUAUUAGCAAGCCAUAGGAAAGCAGGGCAGUGGUAGCGUACGCUUGUAAUUCCAGCACUUGGUAGGCAGAGCUGGGUAAGUCUCUGUGUGUUCAGGGAUACAGCCAUUAUUGGAUACACAUGCCUUUAAUCUUAAUACCAAUCAUGGAAAACCUGGAGGCCUAUACAAACAGGCUGUGAGGAGGCGGUCAUGUGGUUGGGUUUACAACCAAUGAGAAGGCAGGACAGGAACUCUAUAUAAAGACUUUAACACAGGGGUAGCUCUGGUUCGGAGAGGUAGGACCACCACAGGAGGAAGGGUAAGGUUUUAGCUCUUAGCUCUGACCUCUUGGCUUUCUUCUUU